AUCACCAGCAUUAAAGUGCGCACGUUUACUUAUUGCAAGCGGCUGCCCCCUUGUGGUACAUGGUGAGAUUGCAAUUCUGUAAAAAAUACCAAGCAUAUACUAGCACCGUAGCCUAAUCAGUCUGAAAAGAUUUCCCAACGCCGAGGCUUCACAAUCAUCCUGAUAGUCUCCCGUCUGACAGGUACAUAAUCUCCAUUCUGCUGGUAGCACACGCGGCUAGGCAGACAUGCUGACCUUUGAAUCGGAAACUCAAACACAACUGCAGCAACGACUCUGAUUGAAUCAUACUCGUUUCAUUUAAAGUGUGCUCUGUCGUCGGAAUUUACAGGGGCUUUGUAAGAAAAUGUUCUCUUUCAUUCGGUCUUGGCUCCCGGGCUUGCCCAGUCUCCAAUGGAGUAUUCUCAGUAUGAACCCCAUCGACAGCGUUCUGCAAGUGAUCCUGAGCAGUUCAGUGCACAGAGGGAACGGCUUCGCUCUCCUCGCUUCUUCACGGAGACCCUGCACCUCUGCGUUCUGUCGAGCAUCCUGUCUGUGGUGGGGGCGCGGGUGGGGGCUCUGGUGGUCCUCGAGCUCUCUCUCAGGGCCGUGUCUACGAUGCUGUCCACUAGGAAGGGCAGUCAGAACAUCCAGUUGUUCCUGCUCUGCCAAUACUCCCUGGGCUGUACACUGACCAGCAGUUUGAGCUUCCUCCAGGAGGGGGUGCCCCACCGCACGCUCAGCCUGCUCCUCUGUGCCGGGCUGGCAGGGCUGCUCAUGUGGCACACCCAGGCUCUGGUGCGGCGUUACUGCGGGGUCUGCAUCCCCCUGCUCAGCUGCUGGCACGACAUCCCUGCCCUCCUCACCACCGCGCUCAAGAUCACCUUCACCGUGGCUGGCAUGGCCGCUGUCUACCUCAUCAACAAGGACUUCCUGUCCACCUCCGAGGCUGUGCGCUUCUGGACUCCACUGACCAUCUGCUACACGCUGCUGGUCGUCUACAUGCAAGAGGAGCAGCAGCAGAACCCCAGUGAGCAGAUGGCUCUCCAGACGGUGAUUGUGCGCAUGGGCAGUCUGCUCAUCCUCAUGCUGACUGUGGGGAAGUGGCUGGAUGUGCUGCUGUGGUGUCUGCUGCGGGCCAGGGCCAUGCUGGAGGUGUGCCGGAGCCAGGUAACCACAGGGGGGAGCCCAGGGCAAUACAGGAAUACACAGACAGGAAUACAACAAUACUGGAAUACACAGACAUACAGGGGCUAUUCAAAACUGAAUAGGGUAGUUCAGCCGUGACACGACUGCGAAAUUAAAGAUGAAAGCGCCAUCAAAAAGAAGAGCGUUUGCACAUGCGAUUGUACCAAUGGAUGGGAGGUUUUUUGUCUUUCUUUCAGCAAUCAGUAACUGUGCCUGUUUUGUUUCCCUGCCAUUAUAAAGGCGGGUACAGAUUGUGAAUCAAUCCAACUAAUUCUAGCUUUCAUAGAGAGAUCUGUACAAUGUGUAGAAACAGUACGAGCUGCAUAGCAGUAGUCACUCUGUAAAUAAGUGAAUGUUUUAAACAGGGUUCCUCCCCCCCCUGUGUGUGUCUG